UCUUGUUUUCGUUUCUUGUGUUUAUUUCUGCUGCGCUAACCUAAUUCGUAGGAAGAAACGAGAAUUUGGGGUCGGCUAUUCACACCCCCCCCCCCCACUCUAGCCGCGAUCAUCGAUCCUAACAGUUCCAAGGCCAAGACCAACUUUCCCCUAGCCGCCGCCGCCGCUGCGUCUCCCACCCCUACUCCUGCAUUCCGCUGCCCUCCCUCCGCUGACCCAACCCUAGGGUUUUGAUAAGAUACAAAUUGGAAUUAAGCCGACCCACCUCAUUCUACGCACUCAUCACCGAGAGGUCCGAGACCUUGCAACAGCGGCAUCGUCGUCUGCAAAUCUCGAAGCGAAGAUGAAAAUUGUGGCGGCUUAUCUCCUGGCCGUCCUCGGCAGCAACCCCAACCCCUCCGCUGAUGAUAUCAGAUCCAUCCUUGAAUCAGUGGGAGCGGAGGCAGAGGAUAAGAGGAUCAACCACUUCCUCGCAGAAGUCAAGGGCAAGGACAUAACGGAAGUCAUCACUGCCGGCCGGGAGAAGUUCGCUUCUGUGCCCUCCGGUGGCUCUGUGGCUGCCAUCGGGGUCGCCGCCCCUGGUAGCGGCGGCGCGGGCGGCGCCCCAGCUGCAGAGGAGCCUAAGAAGGAGGAGAAGGUGGAGGAGAAGGAGGAAUCUGACGAGGUUUGGAAUCUUCAACCCAGCAGUCGUGUAUGAUCACCUGGGAGAAAUUUAUUCAGCACUUAUUCUGGGAAGCUUAGUGUUAUGCAUUUUGUUAUACUUGAAAGGUCAUUUGGCACCAUCUUCUUCGGAUUCUGGUUCAUUAGGGAACUUCAUAAUUGAUUUUUAUUGGGACAUGGAACUGUAUCCUCGUAUCGGCAAAAACUUUGACAUCAAGGUUUUUACAAACUGCCAAUUUGGUAUGAUGUCCUGGGCUGUUCUUGCCGUCACAUAUUGCAUCAAACAGAUAAAGGAAGAUGUUGAGGAGGUGCGGAUGGUGUGUGAUGCCAGGACUAUGGGAGAGACUUGGGAUGUUGUUGAGUUUUCCGCAUUAUAGUGAUUAAUAAACAUUGAGAAUGUAUUUUGAGUUCCA